UUGUUAAUUUUUGUAGAUCCUGUUGUUAGAAAAAGGACGUAUAAAACAUCAGGGAACUUUAGCAGAGCUUGAGAAUUCGGACAGAGAGUUUUUUGUAACCUACAGGAAAGCUAUGCAGAAAGAGGAAAAGGCACGGCAAAAUCCAGAUGACGGAACAGCAAGAGAGAGACACAAGCUAGUCCGUAUCUUAUCAAAACAAACUCUGUACCGAACAGCUUCCACACAGGAGAUACGUCCUCGACCCAGGCUAGUUUCGUUGAGUAGGCAAAUGUCUCACGAUCCUUCAAGUCCUCUGCCUUGCCAUGACUGGGGAGAUUACGAUGAUCCAUUACCUCCUGUUUUAGACCCAGAAGACCCUGCUACCGGUAGACCAAAAUAUAAUCGAAUGCAAUCCAGUGACAGCACUCGUUCUCAUGGAAGUGGCAGCAUUCAUUUGCGUCACUCUUGGCGCCGUCCUCCAUCACGUCUAAACUCUAAGAUAUCUGUUCGAACUUCAGAAGAUCUGAUAGAGGAGGAGGACGAAGAACAAGCCUUUAUUAUCUGGAUCAGUUUUAAGAGGAAACAAAACUCCUAA